AUGUACCAACUAUUUCGUGCUCUAGGAUAUAUCCACAGCAUUGGUAUUUGCCAUCGUGAUAUAAAACCUCAAAAUUUACUUUUGAAUGCUCAGACUUCUGUUUUAAAGCUUUGUGAUUUUGGAUCAGCCAAAAUGCUUGUUCCAGGAGAACCAAAUGUCGCUUAUAUUUGUUCUCGUUAUUAUCGCGCUCCAGAAUUAAUUUUUGGAGCGACUGACUACACAACAAAAAUUGACGUUUGGUCAGCAGGCACUGUUUUGGCCGAACUUCUUUUGGGGCAGGUUUCCUUUCUUCCCUGGCGAUUCUGGUAUUUACUCUUUUUUUGUUUUCUCUGUAAAAUAAAAAUUGCAGGAGUUGACCAGCUUGUAGAAAUAAUUAAAGUAUUGGGAACACCUUCGCGUGAUGAAAUUGAACAAAUGAAUCCAAAUUAUACAGAAUUUCGUUUUCCAAUGAUUCGUGCUCAUCCUUGGUCGAGGGUUUUCCGUGCACGUACACCCGCAGACGCAAUCGAUCUAGUCUCGAAAUUGUUGAAAUACACUCCUGAUGCUCGUUUGAGCCCGUUCGAAGCACUAGCUCACGAGUUUUUCGAUGAAUUGCGGCUGCCGAAUUGUAAGUUGCCCUCUUCUAAUCCAAUGCCACCAUUGUUUGAUUUCUCCGAUGCUGAAUUGGCUAUUGAUCCGCAACUUCAGGAUAAGGUUUGGAAUUUUUAGGGAGAGAGUUUGGGCAACGAUCAGUGUAAUCCUUUCCAAAUCAUUAAAAGGGGCAAAAUUGGCCAAAAAGAGGCGAAAAGGUGACAUAUAAAAAAUAGGGAAAAAAGGGGCGAAAAAGUCAAAAAGGGGGAAAUGCCCCCUAAAGGACCCUGGUAACGAUUUGUUAUUCUCUCACAAUGAGU